CAACUCGAGCAACCUUACUUCCCAUCAUACGCACUGCAAGCUUAGCUUGGUGAGGAUCGAUCGAUCGGAGAAGAUCAUCAGAUUGAUAAUUAAAGUAAGAAAGGUCGAGGAUGCAGGCGGUGAAGGAGAAGGUGAAGGACAAGGUGAGCGCGGUGAAGGCGAAGGGGAAGGUGAGCAAGGCCAAGGCCGACGAGAAGAAGGAGGUGGCGACGGCGAGGUCCCACGCCGAGAGGGAGCUGGCGCACGAGCGCGCUAAGGCCAGGGUCGCCGCCGCCAAGAUGGAGCUGCACCAGGACAAGGCCCUCCACCGCGAGGAGGCCAUCCAGCACAGGCUCCAUAAGCAUGGCGCCGGAACCACCGCCGGCGUUCGUCCGACCGCCGCGGCGCCGGCGCCGCACCUCCCACCUGCUAGCUACUACUAGUAGCUAGUAUGCACGCAUGUCUCUCUGUGCUGCUAAUUAUCGUAACAGUUUCCACUAAUCAAUCUACUUACAAUAAAUAAUAAGCCAGCCAGUGUGCAUGUAAUCUGUACUGUGUGCCAGACAAGAUAUCAGUGAUAUAUCUAUCGAGGUUGUUAAUUAGUCGGAUUGUGAUCUCUUUAGAGUACUGGAGGAAGUUUUAUAAUGGAUAUUGUUGUUACGUCUAA